ACGCCGGAAAUCACUCCUCUGGUGGCCUUUUUACAUGAACGUGAGUUAGAGGCUCGCCGUAAAGAAGAAGAGACCGGUCGACAUGCGAAACCUUAUAAACCGCAUAGUGCAAGCGGCGCACGAAAACUGUCAAGAGUGGAGAAAAUACAACAACGAGGUGCACAAGCAGUCUCUCGUCGUGGCAAAGAAUCCAAACGGGGCACAUCCGCGUCUUAUGCGAAUCGAGAGUUCGGUUUUUACGGAAAAGCGGAUGAAGAGAAUUGUGCAUCCUCCGGACCCGCCUCAGAAAAGUCACAACGGGACUCAAUGGGCAAUAGAGCGUCACACUCGACCGCAUUAGACGAGGACGAGUUCCCAAGUAUGCAAGGCUCGCAACCUUCCACAGUUCAGCAGCCUAUGGGACCUUGGUCUGAUCGAGUGUCCGCCUGGGGCUCGACAUCCGGCGGAUCAGGAAAAGAUCGGUCAAAAACUGAGCACUCUACGACAACUGGUGGUAGUUCUUCCAAGCCAGCAUCGAGCAGUCCACAUGCGUCGAAACCAUCAACACCGACCACAAUUAUGGACUCGUCCUCUGGUGAACCGGAAUCGGAGCGAGAAACCAAAAAUAUCACCAAUAAGCCGAUUGUUUCCAAAGAGGGGAAAAAACAUCCUCAUCAUCAUCAUCCAACAAAUCGAGGACAUUCAGACACUGUCCAUUCCCCAUCCACUCAGGCUGGCGAUCAUGGAUCGUCGGACUACGGUGCUUCUCAGCCGGUUCGUGAUUCUGUUGGCUAUCGUGGUCGACGUGCCGGAUUCUAUGGAUCCAGGGCCUCGUCCGGUUAUGUGUCUGCUCCACGCAGACCAGGCAAACCGAGUCACCGAGGUCGUCGUGAUUCCGACAGCAGUCUGCACGGAUAUGCCGGCGAUGUUGCAGACUCACCUCGGGAUACAAGUGCAGAGAGGGGACCAGCCCAUGUUAGACCUCAAUCCGUUCGAGCACGCCGUGGAAGUGGUGCCGCGGGAGUUGGUGGGUCGAACGCGUCCGGGGGAAGUACUCGUGGGGCUCAUAAUAAUGAUGGCGACGCAUCCUACCACCGUGGUUCACAUCGGCUUAUCGUGGAUGACAGUGACAUUGCAACAGUCAAAACGCGACGCUUCAAUCUGAACGAUUCAAAAGACCCACAUGCGAAACAGCUCGAUGAAAUUGGAAAAUUAACGAUGUAG